CCUGGCAGUGCUGCUGAGAGGGGAGGGAGCACAGAGGAGCAGGUUUCGGCUUACAGCGCAUACCACACUAACAACACCGAAAUACGCUAAAAAUACAGGCUAACUGGCCGUUUGGAAGUACACAGGACUACACCGUCAACUGAAGCCAACUUGGGAUCUUGUCGGAGGACACUACCGGCCGCAGAUUGUGGAUUGUAACCAGGAGUUUUUUGCCUUGUAAUGUGGGAAUGCUUUCUCCUCUUUUCCGUGGUAUGUGGAUCUGGGAGCGACCAUGUUAUUAGGCAGGUGAUAAAAGGAGAAGCCGGCUGUUCUAUCCCAGCUUAAAGAAGACCCAGGAUAGAAACUGAGAGAGAUACAUUGAGUUGGAGGGGGAUUCGCCACUACCAAGGGAAAAUCAGGAUGACUGUGCCUCUGUACCACUGACAAGCUGAACUGGAAUGAUAUCUUGACCUUUUUUCCUGGAAGUGACCAAGUUAGCGAUGAGCGGGGGGAUAUAAUGGCCAAGAACAAGGAUGCGCGCCCCCCGACAUUCGCCGUCAGUGUGGUUGGCCUCUCGGGGACGGAGAAAGAGAAGGGAAAUUGUGGCGUUGGCAAGUCCUGCCUAUGCAACAGAUAUGUUCGUCCUAAUGCGGACAGCUACUACUCGGAGCACACCUCAGUGCUGAGCACAAUAGACUUUGGGGGACGUGUGGUUAACAAUGACCACUUCCUGUACUGGGGGGAGGUGUCCCAUCGAGGGGACGAUGGGUUGGACUGUAAAAUACAAAUCAUUGAACAAACAGAGUUCAUUGAUGACCAGACGUUUCUUCCGCAUCGGAGUACGAACCUGCAGCCGUACACCAAACGGGCGGCAGCAACCAAGCUCCAGUCUGCAGAGAAGCUUAUGUACAUCUGUACGGACCAGCUGGGCUUGGAGCAGGACUUUGACCAGAAGCAGAUGCCGGAUGGAAAGCUGAACAUCGACGGCUUUGUGCUCUGUAUCGAUGUUAGCAAGGGAUGCAACAGGAAGUUUGAUGACCAAAUGAAGUUUGUCAACAGCCUCUACUCCCAAAUCGUCAAGUCAAAGAAGCCCAUUGUCGUUGCUGCCACAAAAUGUGAUGAGUGUGUGGACCAGCACCUGAGGGACCUGCAGGCCUUUGUUGCCAGCAAGAAGAACCUGCUGCUAAUUGAGACAUCAGCACGCUCCAAUGUCAACACAGAGGUCUGCUUCAACACACUCAUCCAGCAGCUGGAUAAAGCAAGGGGGAAGCCAAAAACUGUGCCAUACCUUGAGGCCUAUAAAGUCCAACGGCAGCAUGUUGCUGCAGUAACAGAUAGAUUUGAGAAAUUGAUGGUGCACACGGUUAGAGAUUACCACACCACGUGGAAAACAGUGAUCAAUAAUAUGAAGGGCCAGCCUGACUAUGAUGAGUUCAUCACCUUGGAGGGCUCCAGGAAAGCACGCAACAUGUUCACAAAGCACAUUGCACAACUGAAGCAGGAGCACAUCAAGAGGAGGAGGGAAGAGUACCUGACAACAUUACCGAAAACCCUUAAUAACCUCCUAAAUAACCUGGAGGAAGUUGAACACCUCUCAUGGCCUGAGGCGCAGGGUGUGAUCCGCAACCGGCCUGAUUUCCAGUACUGGUUUGUGGUUCUGGAACAAACCCCAUGGGAUGAGACGGACCACAUCGACAUCAGUGACCGCAGGAUACCCUUUGACCUCCUCGACACACCUGACGGUGAGAGAAUUUACCACAACCACGUCCAGCACUUGUUAUCUGAGAAGAGAAGGGUGGAGAUGAAAGACAGGUUCAAGAAGACGCUAGAGAGGGUUCAUUUUAUCAGUGCAGGGCAGCCUUGGGAGGAAGUCAUGUGCUUUGUCAUGGAGGACGAGGCCUACAAGUACAUCACAGAAUCAGAUAGAAGGGAUGUUUAUUGUAGACACCAGCAGGAAAUAGUUGAAAGGGCCAAAGAGGAUUUUCAGGAAAUGCUUUUUGAGCAUGCUGAGCUAUUCUAUGACUUGGAUCUGAAUGCCACCCCCAGCUGCGACAAGAUGAGCGAAAUUCACAGUGUGCUGAAUGAGGAGCCCAGAUACAGAGCACUGCAGAAACUUGCCCCAGAUAGAGAGUCCCUCCUCCUCAAACACAUUGGGUUUGUUUACCAUCCCACCAAGGAGACAUGCCUGAGUGGGCAGAACUGUGUGGAUCUGAAAGUGGAGCAGGUUUUAGCAAACAGGCUGGUGCAGCUUGACCACGGACGCUCUAAUCUCUACUAUAACAGUGCCAACAUCGAUAAGAUCAACCUCUGCCUCCUGGGAAGGGAGGGUCUCUCACAGGAACUAGCCAAUGAGAUCCGAGCUCAGUCCACAGAUGAUGAGUACACCCUGGAUGGUAAAAUUUAUGAACUGGAGCUGCUUCCAGUGGAUGUCAACUCCACACUGCUCUUCAGCCACACGUGGGUCACCACCUUCAAGCCACAUGGCUGCUUUUGUGUAUUCAACUCCAUAGAGUCUCUUAACUGUAUUGGAGAUUGCAUAGGCAGGAUCAGAGCGGAGAUAGCACAGAGCAGGAGAGAUAGGUUUGCUCAGCCACUACCAUUCAUUCUAAUCCUGGCUAAUCAGAGGGACAGUGUUUGCAAAAACAUACCUAUCCUGAGGCACCAGGGCCAACAGCUGGCAAACAAGUUGCAGUGUACCUUUGUCGACAUCCCCUCCGGGGCCUUUCCACGUAAAUUCACAGAGUUCCAAAUUAAGCAGGGUCUCCGAGCAGUGCUGGAGGGGCUAAAGCAUAACUUUGAUGUCUUGGCCCCACUGCCCUCUAUCAAAGACAUGUCAGAGACAGACCUUAGGAUAGUCAUGUGCGCCAUGUGCUGGGAUCCUUUCAGCGUUGACCUCAUCCUAUCGCCUUUCCUCGACUCACACUGCUGUAGCGCAGGGCAGCCAGGCCAGAGCAACACACUGAUCCUAGACAAGAUCAUCGGGGACAGCAGGAGGAGGAUCCAGGUCACUGUCCUGUCCUACCACACUGCUAUUGGUGUCCGCAAAGAUGAGCUGGUGCACGGCUACAUUUUGGUAUACUCUGCCAAACGCAAGGCUUCUAUGGCGACCCUGCGGGCGUUCUUGGCUGAAGUCCAGGAUGUGAUCCCCGUCCAGAUGGUGGCGAUUACAGAUAGCCAGGCAGACUUCUUUGAGAAUGAUGCCAUCAAGGAGCUGAUGACGGAGGGAGAGCACAUUGCCACAGAGAUCGCUGCCAAGUUCACUGCACUCUACUCACUAUCACAGUAUCAUCGACAGACAGAGGUUUUUACACCCUUUUUCAAUGAAGUGCUGGAGAAAAAGCCAAACAUUGAGAGUUCCUUCCUGUUUGACAGCUCAUCACGGGAGUGCACCACUGGCGCCAGUGAGGACGUCUUCCCCACCUCACCCCACAGCCAUUCCCCGGCCUAUAACACUUAUUACCCAGAAUCGGAUGAUGAUAAUGAGGCUCCCCCACCUUACAGUCCAAUAGGUGAUGAUGUUCAGCUUCUCCCCACACCCAGCGAGCGGGCCAAGUACCGCAUCGACCUAGAGGGCAAUGAGUACCCAGUCCAUAGCACACCUGUUGGAGACCAUGAACGCAAUCACAAAGUGCCUCCACCUGUCCGGCCCAAACCAGUGCUCCCAAAACCAAAUGUCAAAAAGCUGGACCCCAACCUGCUCAAAACUAUUGAGGCUGGCAUGCGAAGCAACCGUAGGAUGCCACGUGGCCCAAUGACGCACAGUGAGGACGUGGAGGCGUCAGAAAACUAUGCAGACCCUGUGGACACCUUGCUAAGGUCCAGGGGUUUCCACAAUGAUGACAUAUAUGCUGUGCCCGAUGACACACAUAGCCGUCUAGUCAAAAUAAGAAAUUCCUUCGGUGGGUUGCAUGGCCUCCACGGAGGAGGAGAAGAGGAGAAUGGAUUUGACAGAAAGUCUCAGGCUGGACGGCGGCCGUCAAAAUACAAACAUCGUUCUAAAAUCCUGUUCAGCAAGACAAAGGCCUACCAAAGACGAUUCCACUCUGACAGCGACGGGGAGGAGUCGGGCCCUGCUACGCAGAAAAAGAAAAAGGGAAGAGCCCACCGGGGCAGUGAGGAGGACCCACUGCUCUCCCCUGCUGACCCCUGGAAGGGUGGCAUAGAUAACCCUGCCAUCACCUCUGACCCUGAGCAGGAGGACAAGAAGAUGAAGAAGAAGAAGACGCCCAAGACGCCAAAGGAGCCGAAGAAGCCAAGAUCUACAAAGCCCCCCAAGCCUCUGUACCCCCCCACCCGGAGAACCUGGGAGAGCAACUACUUUGGCGUUCCCCUGCAGAACUUGGUGACCCCGGACCGACCCAUCCCACUCUUCAUCGACAAAUGUGUCGACUACAUCGAGCGCACAGGUCUGACGACAGAGGGUCUGUAUCGCGUCAGUGGGAACAAGACGGACCAGGACAACAUCCAGAAACAGUUUGAUCAAGAUCACAGUAUCGACUUCAUGGCGAUGGAUGUGGCGGUGAACGCUGCAGCUGGAGCACUGAAGGCUUUCUUCGCCGACCUGCCUGACCCGCUGAUCCCCUACUCCCUGCACCCGGAGCUGGUGGAGGCUGCAAAAAUCGUGGACCACAUGGAGCGUCUGCAGGUGUUGCGGGAGAUCGUGAAGAAGUUUCCCUCUGUCAACUACCAGGUCUUCAAAUACAUCAUCACACACCUCAACAGGGUGAGCCAGCACAGCAAGACCACCCUGAUGACGGCCGACAACCUGUCCAUCUGCUUCUGGCCCACGCUGAUGCGGCCCGACUUCGAGAACAAAGACACGCUGUCCACCACCAAGCUGAACCAAGCCGUCAUCGAGUCCUUCAUCCUGCAGAGCGACUACUUCUUCCACGGCGGCGAGGUGGCCGAGAGCUCCAGCAGCGAGGGCACGCCGCCGCCGCACUGCCACAACAUGGUGGAGGCUCUGCUCCCUCUGCAGCUGCCUCCACCCUUGCAGCCGCAGCAGAUCCAGCACACCCUGCACCCCGACCCGCUCAUCUAAACAGCCACCAGAGCAUGCUGGGACAUAAAGUCUGGGGGUUGUUUGUGUGCAGCUGCCAGCCGCUUUGGGCCAUCAGAUCGCCUGGAGGUCGUCUUCUGCUCUACAAAACGCCGCUCGGCUGUUAGAAUAAAAAAUAAAAUGAACCCGGUUGGUGCAGCUGCUGUUUGUCAUCGACUUUGAGGUGAAUGAGCUUCGGGGGUUUUAGAGACACAUCGACCGUUUGUUGGAUUAAACCUAAUCUGUGAGAUCGGCUCAUCCUGUGAGGUAAAUCCUGGAUUAGAGAAUUACAAUCGGACGUCACCUUUUUUGGAACUAAUUUUUGGAUCUGACUGCCCCUUUUAUGAUACGGAGACUGAGAACAGUUGAUGAUUGAACUGAUUUGAUUUGGCACAUAGCGACAACACUAAUCGUUUAGCAGGGUCUGACUACUUGGACUUACUUUGGGGCAGACAAUAGAUUUACCCUCCUCCUACUUUACCCUGAUGAAAUAGCACACUGGGGUCCUGAGCAGGUCCCCCUUAAACCCUGUCCCCCUUCUCCUGCUCCGAGACAACAGAAAAGGGAAUUUAAAACUUAGAGAGUCCCCACGACUGCAAAUACGACACCUGAUUUAUGAGAUAUUUGACUGACUGGUUCCUGACUCACUGACUUUUUGACAUUUCGGCACAGGAAAACAUUUCUUCUUCUUUUGUCGCCCUUUGACCCAAAGUCGGUCGGUAAGAGGAGGCGAGGGGACGUAAUCUCAUGCAAGAACUUUUCCCUCCGACGCCACACUGCAAGCAAAUGGUGGAAUAAAUUGUGGAUUAUUUUUAGUCUUGGGGAGUCUGGUUUUAAAAGACAAAAUGAAAUGAUCCCUCCCCCGCUACGUGAACUUUGACCCCCUUAAAGGACAGCACAUGCACGGUUUGUGUCAAAGGUCCCACACGCCAAUUUCAUGUCUGUUUGCGUCGUUUUUAUCAUUUGAACUCUUUAUUUCUUCUUUCUUUUUUUUUAAGUAUGUUUUUGUAGCGUCUGAUUUCUACCCAGUUUGUGUGUGAUGACGAUGAUGAUGUGUGUGUCUGUGUGAACUGACCUGUGGUCUGUGUUACAGCCAGUUUGAACCUUCUCCGCAGAGGGAAGGGGGGAUUCAGGAGGGAAUUAAAAAAACGCGGACUGACGGACUUGUAACAAUCCGUACGAGAGAAUCAGACUUUACGGACUUUACUGCAAACCUUCAGCCCAACUGACUCGUCUCUUUAGAGCCUCUAACUCUUAAUGCAACUACCGACGACCCCCUCGAUGACGGCACAUGCGCGAGGAAACCACUACGAUGCAUUCUGGAUCUGUCCGGUUUUGAGGAGGCGUCUUCCGUGUUCGGUGACUUCCUUCGCUUCGUGGAGGACGCUCCUUCAUUUCUACUUUUGUUCUCCUGUUCUGUUGGUUUGUUGGAAACUAAAAUUUGCAUGUCUCUGUUUUUUGCCACUUAGUGAAAAAAAAGAAGUUUAAAAAAAAUGAAAUGAAACACUCUGAAACUCUAAAGGAGCUCUGAAGAUCUGCAUUGUUUUAACUGAAUCUUGUUUUUGGUUUAAGGGGAACAUUUCCACAGAAAAACUCUAAGAGGGGUUUAAUUUUUUGCAUUUGUUUCUUUUCCUUCAUGCAAGAAAUCAACUCUUAAUAUCAUAUUUUUGGUUAUAUGUCGAAUAGUUUUCCCUAAAUAGAGGAAAGAAGUAUAUAUAAGUAUAUAUAUAUAUAAAUUUAUCAGCAGCAGAGGUUGCUGAUUUAGUGAAAUACCACGGGGUACUGGACUGUAUAAUCUGUCAGAAGCUAUAAUCAUAUUUCUUUGUGGUUCUGAUGGUGUAACUGAAACCCAUCUUUUUUUUUCUGAUGGUGUGUGAGUGUGUGAAUGUGUGUGUGUGCAGAGGGGCGGGUGCUUGAUAACAGAUCUGUGGGUUUUAAUCCUCUUUGGCUCGUCUGAAAGAGAAGAGAAAAUCCCUCGCCACUUUCUUCAUCGAUGACACUUUGAGGUAGGACGAGGGCGGAGGAAAAUCGCCAGAGGGUCCAGAUUAAUUUAGUAACACCUGAAACUUGUGUUCAGCUGAGCCCUGAGUUUGUCUGUCUCGUUGGGUUGUAUCCAUGCUGAGUAUCGUCAGCAGCUGAUAGCAAACACGAGAUGACAUUAAACAUUUAUCACGGUUUUCCAGGUAUUUUCUUAAUCUUCAAACACUCGUCUGUCCGUCUGGAUAAAAGUAUUCCACCUGCUGCAUGAGAAAGAUUUUUGUUUCCAUGUUGGAACAAAGAUGAUGGUCAGAAACAACCUGGUCUCACUCCCAACUCAUCAAAUACUGACACUUGGACAGUAGCCCUCGGCAACAGACACAGACACACCAAGGCACCCUGAGGGGUCAUACACAUGGCGUGUUUUUUGCACCCCCAAAUUAAUUGUUUUCAAUGUGGAUACAUGGAAGGUGCACUCAAAACGCCAGAGUGACACCGUCGUGGUGCACAAGCACUCCCGAGCGCCUACUUUUCAGAGUUCGACGGCUCUGUCCUGAGAUAAACCAAGUUCAACUUUUGGAACGCAGCAGUCUGUGGUAAACACGAAAAAGUUGAUCAUUUUUGUGUAGAGCUGCCAGAGCUUUACAUCUGUCCCACAGGCAAUCAGCCUAAACAGCGCCUGGAAGAAGAUCAGCUCUGCACUCCUGCAGCCUGCCACCGUGCUCUUGAAAGCUGACACAAAAGAGGCAUAAAAGCAGUGCCCAGCACCCAACCUCGCAUUUUCCAGGAGGUUAAAGAUGCAGCAUGUAUAUGGGUCAUUUUUUGACACUCCAAGCAACGGCCAAAUUAUAAUGAGCAAUGGUGGGCAGUCAAACAAACUCUGGACUUUCUCUCAGAGAUUGCUGUUUGUGUCCCAUGUGAAACCAAACGUAAUUUUAAUGACAAUGUAGUGUGCUAGUACGUGUAGCAUACUACGCUAGCGACGUAUGUGACCUGACGUUACAUUAGGUUAGUAGCAAUCGUGCUUAUUUUAAGCCAAACCUCACCAUGUUCUUUAGUUGCCUAAACCUGAGGAGGUCAACCUAAAAACAAAGAGUUUUAACCAACAUUCUAAGUUUAUUUUGAAAAGAGACUAUGCAUUUAACAAAUGGAAAAUAUACAUUUCCGGUGAAACUGAAGUUUAUUUUGAAAAGACACAGUGCAUGUAAUAAGCAUAAAUUCACAAGCCGUCCCUGUGCGUCCAAAACUCAGAGUGUCAUAGUUUAACAUGACGGGCCAUUAACUAAGCGUCGGUAUUUGACGAGUUGGGAUUCAGAAUGUGUUGCCAGAAAUGAUUUAAAAAUCAAUUUAUUUUACACGUCCGUAAUUUCAGUGUCUGAAUAAUUUCCAUUAAAUUUCCUGGAAAGAACUUUAUUUAUUACAGUUGUGGAAAAUAUGUACUCAAGUACACUUUUCAAGUACUUUACUUCAGCACUACUUUACACUGCACUACAUUUCACAGGGAAAUACUGAACCUUUUACUACAUUACAUUUAUUCUAACUACUUUUAACUCCAUAUUUUUUUACACUAUAUUGUUGCCACUUUCACUUGAGUAAAGGAUCAGAAUAUUUAUUUCCACUUCUGUUCAUUUGGUCCUAAUUACAGACAAAGUAGAAUUAAUAUCAGUUAAUUGGCAACACCACCCAGAGUCUUUUAAUCAGGACACAGCAGGUCAGCUGAACGUGUCCACAGGCAGGUAAACAACUUAACAUCCACAGAGAAUAAAGUUUUCAAUCAGAAAUGAGUUAUGAAUAAUAAUUAUUUGAUUUUAAUUACAGCUCGUCUUAAAAAGGAGUAACUUUUUUCCUUUUAAUUAGGACCAAAUAACCCAGUUCUUACCAGGAAAUGUACGAGGAAAUUAUUUUUGAAAUUAUGUAAAAACUUCUAUAAUCAGUUGUCAUGUCUGUAUUAAUGUUGCCUGGAAUUGUUUUGUCAAUUUAUACACAAUAAUGUGUUUAUAUAAGGAGGUACUGUGUCAUUCCUGGUAACAAGACGAAACUUUUUUCCUUAAAUCUCGUGCACCUGAGGGAAUAUUAUUAGAUCCAGAUGUACAUACAAGUCUUUUAGGAGUCCGAAAAUAACUUUUAAACGAGUGCUGAAGACAACUUGAGAUUAAAUCUUCAAGAAUUCUGUUUAUUUUUUUGUAAAUUACAGAUCAGAAGAGGUUAAGACUCUUUCCAACCUGCAUUCUGACUCUAUUGUGAUGUUUGAGUUGACAUGGUGUUAAAAGUUUGGCCGCCAAAUUAAAAGCCUUUUUUAAAGCUUAUUCAUUCACAGUUGAGCGCACUGUUAUUAACUUCCUCUCUGCUCCUUCUGCAGCAGUCAAGUGCAGUUCAUUCCUUAAACUUAAGAUCGAUCUUAUGGUUCCUUCAUGUGAUGCUUUAUACCCAGAAUGCAUUGCACUGCUAGUUGCUAUUUGUGUGACGUAUGGUGCUCCUCAGUAGGAAAUGUGGACUGAACCAGAUUCGUCUUUACAAAUGUGAUCAGCAAAAAGUGUCUCGAUGAAUGUCAGCGGCGGGGUAUGAAUCCAAAUAUUUGAAAAUGUCAAGCGGGGGUGCGUUCCAUUUUAGAUAUGUGUCUCCUGUGUCUUCAAAUUAGUCAGCUGUUUCCUGUAUGGCGUCUUUAGGCAAUUAAUUUGAGGUUUAAUCUUUUCUUUUUUGUCAAAUUCUGCCAGUAUUGUUGGUUUUAUUUCUAUUUUAAGAAAACAAUCUAUCAACAAUCUACGUCUCAUCUUCACACGAGUGCUGAUAGAAUCAUCAUAAACGCAGCAGGAAAUAGAUAUAUUAUGAUCAUUUUUAUUAAUUUAUUAAGCAACAAUGCUGGUUCCAGCUCACCUAUGUUUGGUUGUUCAGCUUGUUGUUUAUUUUUAUACUUUUAAAUGUAAUUUUGGGGGGUUUUCAGAUUGUUUGCCAAACAAAACAAUAUUUGAAGAAUUUUUAAUUUGCAAAAACAUGGUUUUGUAGCCCUCCUUUCUACAACUUCCACCUGAAAUUUUAGGAUCUUGGAAUGAUAACACGAGGGGACACAAAUUUUAAAGGGUAGAAAUGAACAAAGCCAACAUGCAGUAGAAUAUAAUUUUUUAUUUUAAUUUGAGUAAAAGGUGGCACUGAAGAGAAAUGAAAUGGAGCCAAAGCUCGUCUGAACAUCGCCACAAAUCUAAUUUAGGGAACUUUAAAGGGCACUGUGAAGGGGACACGUGUCUGGAAUGGGACCCACUGCAGACAAAUGGGAACUAAUUAUCCUUUGAGGUGUGAAUGAGAGGGUACAGGGUGAGUUAAAGGGGAUAAAUAUUCAGAAUGGAACGUAGCCAAAAGCCCAUUUUAAGGUUUUAUGAUGUUGGACUGAAGGGGACGUUGAAGGGCACAUUGAAGGGAGUGAAAGGCGACAGUGGAACAGAGCCGAGAGCGUCCUGAUCUACAAGCUCAAGUCUUUUCUGGGGGGAGGGUUUGGUUGGGAUGGGAGGGUGACGGGUGAGAGGGUGAGAGAGUGAGGGGGUGAGGGGGGGUCAGCAGCUGCUAGAUAAUAAAAGAUUAAGCUGUUCGUCUGUAGUUUUUCAUCAACCAAUCAACUUGUUAUUUUCUAUCAUUUUGUUGAUAAGAUCUGCUCAUCCAGUCACACCGGUGUACAAACCAACUGACUUUUAACGUCAUCCGCUGUAUUAUAGUAAAUAAAAAUGAUUUUCAGAAAUGAAAAACUCUAAAACAAGUUUUUUUCUGUUUUCUCCCAUAAUGUUUCCAAAUAAAGUUUCUUUUUUUCCAAAA